CAAGCCAGCGCAAAAUUGAGAGAAUGAACGUUUGACAGCUGCCGCUUUGCUCGUACAGAUUGUUUCGAAACAAAACAAUACCUAUGCUUCAUUUAUUUUUUUUAAGAGAUUAGGACCGUAGCUCCGCUUUUAUGGCCGCUGCCGUGAGGAAUAAUGUUUGGGUUGCCCCGGGGCAGGACGCGCAGUUUCUCCAUAAAACCGCACCACUGACAGCCGACGGUCUGAGAGGUGUAGAUCAUGGACAAGUGCUCUGUAACACGAGGGAUGCCAUCCCGGAAACUUCCUCUUUUCAUGACAACAAUCUGGGUAAACCAGAGAUGGACAACUACUUGUCUCAGCAUCCGCAGGAGACGUUAAAUUCCAAAAUGUUGUGCAGGGACAGCGCUCUGAUGCUAGAGCCGCCUUUCACCGAAGACUUUGCCUCCCCUUACAGCGUCAACAUGAGUCUGCUCCUUCCUGAUGUCACAUACCUGCACCCUGGCCUCUGUAGGACUAUGAGACAGAUCAAAACAGAGCCCUCCCACUCUCUGAUGCACCCCACCUGUCAGGGCAACGCGGUGCCGCCGACGCUAACAGAGUACCCAGGGGUUUAUAGUACAGCAGAUACAGCUAGCGGCAACUUUUUCGUCAAACAGGAAGUGCCAGAUUUCCAGGAUGUUCCCCUGUUUCAGCUUUUGAACUCUGAUUUGGAGCAGAUCGUUCACGGGUCACAGCUGAACUCCAUCCCCAUGGCACCGCUAAAUCUUCCUAUUGGGAAUGUCCAUGUAGGCCCAGUGCAGAAUAACGCUAAACCUGCAAGCGGUCUACAGAACGAGUGUUUUCCAUUCAAUCGACACUUAGGCCAUCAGCAAAGACCGACCUACUUGCCACCUUCUCCGCCAAGCUCUGAGCCCCCAAGUCCAGAAAGGGGGAAGGAGCUCCUUCACAAUCUCUCGCCGCCUCCCUCCUACGAAGCCAGCAUUGCAUCUAAGUUAACUUUUCAGACCCAUAAUCCCAUUGAUCCAGGACAGACCUCUAGUGUCGCUCCGAUCCAAAGCCCAGACCGGAAUUCCAGUGUGGGAUUAGUCCAGAGCCCGGGUCCUGGACCAGCCCAGCUUUCAAGCCUGACACCAGUUCAGAUGUCGCCAGGUGUUGGCCCACUGUCCCCAGUGUUGGCCCAGUCGGCUCCACUGAAGUACAACCGAAGGAAUAAUCCUGAUCUGGAGAGAAGACGGAUUCACCACUGUGAUGUCCCAGGGUGCAAGAAAGUGUACACCAAGUCUUCUCAUCUAAAAGCCCACCUACGCACCCACACAGGAGAGAAACCGUAUCAGUGCUCCUGGGAGGGAUGUGAGUGGCGAUUCGCUCGUUCUGAUGAGCUGACUCGCCAUUUCAGGAAACACACCGGGGCAAAGCCUUUCCAGUGCGGAGUGUGUAACCGCUGCUUCUCCCGCUCAGAUCACCUGGCACUUCACAUGAAGAGACACCAGAGCUAGAAACACACCCUCCUGCAAGUCAAGUCAAUCUUUUUUUUAUUUUUGUGAAUAAAAAUGAAAUGGUACUUACAUAUCAGCAAACAAACAUAUGAAAAACUGUGGAUUAUUCCACUUUCUCCCCAGUGGAGAUAUUCUUAGCAGUGCUGGCCCACAAGUACUUGUUUCUUUUAUUGUAAAAAGAUUAAAUAUUGCUGUUGCCUUAUUUUAUUUCCACUGUAUGCCCCAAUACUGGGGGACAUUUGCAAAAGUGUCAGUCAAAAAAAAAUCAUUAGCCAAAUGUAAUCAUGAAAUAAUAAUCUUUUUAAAUCUGUAUUUUUAUUAGAUUUUUGUUUUUCUGCUAAGUACAUGAACAACUUUACAGGAAAUAUCCAUAUUUUCUUUUCAAGGUUGUCUUUGUACAGAUCAUAUCAAUACUGUGUCGUAUGGGCAUUCAUUUAAUUCACUUAAAUAGCAAACUGACAAACAGUCAGAGCAGCAGUAGAUCAAGUGUUGUCAUGAACUGGAAGGUCAAAGGAUAUGUUGUUUUGGCCAGCAGGAUCGAUAUUGUGUGUGUGUGUGUAAUAUAAAAAGAAACAAAGCAGUUAGUCAAAAGUUGUACAAGUUGUGGAUGUCCCAAAAGACAAAGUAGGAGAUUGUGAAGAAGGUCAAUGCGGUGCUUACAGUAUGACUUUAACACUGCCAGGGUUAUUGGUUACUUUCCCACCGAGGAGAACUUUAAUCAAAGCAAAACAAAAUCUAAGUUUACUCAUGAUACUGACAGAAAAGGAAAAGAAUUGGUAUAAGAUAUUAAUUAUAUUAACAUUAUGAAUGUUCUAUAUCUUAACUUUUACAGAUUAACAAAGAUAUGGUCAUUACGGAAAGUGUUACAUGUCCUCUGGCAGGUGCAGUGAUAAAUACAAACGGUGCAGAAGCAACUGCUUUGUUGUUCUCUAAAACAGUUUCAGGACUUCUAUGAAUACUGCGUGAUUUUAUUCAAUUAUUGAAAAGGUUUAACUCAUUUUUUUUUGGGCUUGUUUUGUCCCAUGUGAACUUCAGCCACACAGCAAUACGUCAUUUUAUAGUAGAUGGUAUAGAAGAGAACUGUUUAUAUAACUGCUCAAACUUAAUUUACAACAAUUUUGAGUACACAGCAUUUCAACCGUAGGUCAGAGUUAUUUUCUCUCUCCUGGAAGUAAUGAUAGACGAGUCGAGACUUGUUCAUCUUGACAUUGUUUUGGUUGCAUAUCAUGUUGGAUAUUUUGUUCCGCUCAUAACUGGAUAACAGCAUCAUAUCACUGAUUAUUUGUCUUCAUAAGUGGUGUCUGUGAGUUUGGAUUUUUUUUUAGAAUCGGACUGAGCACCUGCCAGUCAGAACAUCUGCGUACGGUUUCUUUGACUACAAUCCAUGUACUCAAACUCCUUUUGAAAGUGCCUUUAAAUUUUUUUUUUUUUUUUUUUUUUUUUUUUUUGAUGAAUGGAAAUCAAAGCUGUCCCCUUGGGACAAUGUUCUUUUAUCAUGUACUCUGCUAAAAUGAUUCUGAGUUUUGGCUGCCCCUCCUUAUUUCCACAAUACAGCAAUUUCUAUUUAUGACCAAAUUUCUUAAUAAUUUGAGACUAGUUGAGCAAAAUUGAUUUUUGGAGUUUCUAUAUGUUUUUUCAAAUAUGUAUAUUUUGUAUCAGCUGUUUAAGGAGACUUUAUUUUUAUUGUUUGGCAGAGCCUAAGAAAGAUCAAACUAUAGACUAUUGUUACAGUCGACACUGUCAUCACUUCCUUCAGCCAAGGUAGCAGCUCAAUGGAGUGUGUGCCAGUGAAUUAUUGCAAUAAACACAAAUGUUUUGACAUGGUUGACACAUGGAAAAUGUUAUAAUACUUUGUGUCAUAGCUUCAUAACAUGAGGAUGUAGCCUCACAGUGCAAAUAAAGGUUUUGUGUUGAAUAUUUA